AUUGGCCGCAGUACUGAUGAACAUAUCGACUUUGUUGUCUCUGAGCCACCUGAGCGUCCCGAUUUCCUGCUUGAUGCUGAUUCCGCAGCUGCUCUUCUUGCUAAUCGUUCAGCCGAAAAGCCAUGGCCAUCCACCAGCCAACCUCGAGCCAUUGGAGACAUUUUGCCCCAAACUACCGGUACCUCGACAACCGCUGCUUUGCCUAUGACUACCGCCACCAUCUCACUUGGCACCUCUGCAGCAAAUGGUGCAGGAUCAGCCAACUGGCGUACUGCUUCAAUGAGUACUGUUGCGCCUACCGAUAUCAAUAGUCCCAGUACAUGCAGUAGCCAGCCCUACAUUUUGUUGGCCACUAGCGGUCCACCGAAUGAUCCAGGCCUUGGGGCCACCCAACAUGCGACCACGGCGCAGGAUAGUACAGUAUCUCGAUUUGCUUGCCGUAUUCACAUAAACCGCCGAACUCCUUAUACAGCCAGACUAUAUGCAGCUGGCUUCGAUGCUUCUAGGAAUAUUUUCUUGGGGGCUAAUACAGCAGAGGAUUUCGGACAGACUGCUUUAAACUAUGUCCCUUUUACGGCAAGAGCCAGUUGA